CCGGAAUCGCAAACUUUUUUAUUUUCUUCCGUUGUGUUAGUCAUGUGAUGAUGAUGUUAUCGUACGGAAAGCUGGAGGCACCAAAAUAGCUUUGCAAUCGUUAGCUUUUAUUUCGCCACUUGCUAAGAGUUUGUAAUGUGUCGUUCCUUCUUCGAAAAGAGGGCAUAUUUUAAAGUAAAAUGGAGUCCGGGGGAGCCAUUUAUACUAAAUCAUUGUUUUGUAGCAGGCAGGCUCUUCGGUGGACAUGACUCGCAGCGAGGAGGAUUCCCUAGUGGACGGGCCACUCAUUUCAGCAGAUGCCCUCCACGCCGCCAUCAGGAGAGAAUUUCACAGCGUGCCCACCUCUUGCCACGCCAUCCUGCUGUCUGUGCUGCAUGUGGCGUACGUGGUUCUUUCUGUGUGCGUGGCCGUGCUGUGUGUGUUAAAACUGGGCCAGGAGGAGGCGUGCGCCAGCAUCCUAGGGUCCGUGCGGGGCGACAGCGCAGUGGUCUUUGGCAAGGCGGCCCUGUGGGUGCUGGUUCUGGUGUUCACCCGCUGCGCCCAGUACCACCACAGCCGGGCCCGCAACCGAGGCUACCUGCGCUUCUACAGAAGCACCAGCACGCUCAAGCAGCUUCCUCUCGCCGUGCACUCCGCAGGGAACGUAAUGCUGUUGGUCGUCAUGGCGGCGCGGCUGCCGGUUGACGUGCACACCUACGUGUUGAUCGGCGUCUUGGCUUUGGAACUUCUUGUGGCGUUGCCUUGCCUCAUCUACUACACAGUCAAAGUGAUGAUCUUCAACACGAAGCGAGCGGCGCCCGACGUCAGCCAGGAAGAACACUCGCACAACUUCAACGUGGCUAGCUUACCCACGGAGACGGGAUUCCGAGAGGGUUCCUGCCUGGAGGAGGUGGUGGAGAAACAGGCGGAUCUGAUCGAGUACCUGAAGCAGCAUAACAGCUUGCUGAGCAGGAGGCUGCUCAACCUCACCGCCCAGCACUGAAAAGACACUUUUCGGACCACCGCCGACGGUGCACGCCGUCCAUUUGAGUGAGACCCGAUUCAGGUCAGACUUGGACUUGCCUCGGAUGGAGCAAUGUGGUGCCGGUGGGGGGUGCACUGAAAAUGGCCGACGUUUAAAGAGUCGUCGCGGGUCACAGCUGAAGGCAAAGUUGGGGGGGGCGGGCGGGCGUUAUCACUGAGCGUCCCAGGAAAGCUGCUACUCUGCUUUUUUUAAAGGAGGGUUUCGAAACUAGUAUACAUCUAUAUCUAUAUAUAUAAAUACUGUGCUACACCUCAUGUCUUUUUGUACAUAGCAGUGCUUACUGAUUUUUUUCUUUUUAGGACCUUGAGCAUUUUUUUGUGGUCAUUGUCUGUUUUUUACCACGACUUUGACCAUAUGACCCUCGGCCGUGCAGAUUUCGUGACUCUUUACAGCGGUGGGGA